CGUUCAAACAACAACAUAAAAAGGCGGAUUUUUAUAAUUAUCUGGCGCAAGCUUUGUGCUGUUAUCAAAAACGUUUCAUAUACGCGAAAAUACAAUUCUUUUAGCCGCGUCAAUCAACGCCAUAUAUGAGCGGAUUUGUUUUUGUCUUCCCUGUUCGUUGCCUGUUAUCGUGUAGCCUCUGAAGUUUCGGGAGUCUUUUUCCAUUUGUGACUGUCGGCAUGCCUUCUGGAGGUAGCGAGGAACUGGAUUGCUUUGAGGAUUUGACCGAUGAAAAAGACCGUGGAGUAUUGAAAAAGAUUCUACGGAAAGGGACGUCUGAUCUGUCGCCCUUCACUGGCGACAAAGUUACUGUUCAUUAUGUUGGGACUUACUACGGUGGCGAUCAGGACGGUGAGCAAUUUGACUCCAGUCGGGAACGUGGAGAGUUUUUUGAGUUCACCAUCGGAAAUGGGGAGGUCAUUAAAGCAUGGGAUAUCGGCGUUGCGACUAUGAAAAUCGGUGAACUCUGCGAGUUGAUUGCGUCUCCGGAAUACGGGUACAAAGAUGGGAAAUCGCGGAAGUUUGAAAUUGAACUGUUUGAUACCCGGGGAAUGGAUGUUAGUGCAGACAAGACCGGAACUGUCCUCAAAUCAGUCCUGGAGAAAGGUAGAGAUUUCCUCAACCCAACUGUUGGCUUGGAGGCUGAAAUAAGCUAUCGGUUGUUCAAUGAUCCAGAAGGCGGAGACUUCCGGGACGUGUCUUAUGCAGUGGGCGACCCAGCAGUGAACGAGAUCCCUGAAUGCAUUGACUUGGCCGUGCGCCACAUGAACACUGCUGAGAGGGCGCUUGUGAGAUUAGUUGACCCUUCAACGAAGACUGCCAAAUCGGCAGGUGAUGUCACGAGGGAGCGGGAUACUCUGUACGAGCUUCGUCUGAGGUCUUUCGAAAAGGUCAAACACCUAUCCUCCUUACCGACGUUCUCUGAGCAAAUGUCUUACGCCGAGUCGCUGAAGCUUAAAGCUAAUGAUUACUUGAAGGCCUCAAAAUACGAUGUCGCCAUAUCACUAUACCAGCGUUUGGAUUCGGAUCUUCAGUAUGUAGUGGCGAAUGGAGUCUCGGACCAGAAGACUUUAAACGAUGUGAUAAAUGCCAUUAGGCUUAAUCUUGCUCUUGUUUAUCUCAAGCUGGGAGAUGCUCAGAACUGUUCCGAUAAGUGCAAGAAAGUCCUUGAGUCGAACGCUUCUAACGAAAAAGCUUUAUUCCGCCUUGGUCAGGUGAGCGCCGACUCGACGUCUCACUUUUUAGGCCUGCUUACUCCGAAAGGAUCACGAGGAUGCAGCGGUCUACUUUAGACGCAUUGUGGCCAACAAUCCUAGUAAUUCCGCUGCAGUCAAUCAUCUGCGAAUGUGCGAAUCAGCCAUCCGUUCUGCCGAAGAAAAGGAACGGAAAAUAUUUAGGAGCAUCUUUGAACGCUCUAAAGAGGUAAGUUGCUCUCCACGCGAAUCAACUUGCUGCAGACUGGCUUGUCUGGUGUCGUCGAACAACAAUCCGAAGUGGUCAAUGGCGAUGAAAAGCUUGCAACCUAAUAAGCCACAUUUCAAUUUGUAUUAUAAUAAUAAAACAUUCUGUUAUUUUUAUAGGUUUUCAAAGCGAGUUUUUGCUAGCGCCAUUCGCCGGGGUAUUACGGCGUCAUCAUCAUCAUCAUUAUUACACGUUAGCUGGAGGUAAUAAACACCUCAGCUGUGCCGCAAUAC